AUGUCUGACGACGAGCGCGAGACCAAGCCCUUCAAGUUCGUGACUGGAUUUGAUGCCCGGUUCCCGAACCAGAACCAGACCAAGCACUGCUGGCAAAACUAUGUCGACUACCACAAGUGUAUCCUAGCUAAGGGAGAGGGAUUUGCGCCAUGCCGUCAAUUCUUCUUGGCUUACCGAUCAUUGUGCCCCAGCGGCUGGACCGAGCGAUGGGAUGAGCAGCGAGAGAACGGAAACUUCCCAGCCCGCCUCGAAUCGUAA